AUGUCAUGGAAAAAUACGCAUUUUCUACCGGAAGAGGUGUCCGCACACAAUACCGACUGGGACUGUUGGUUGAUAAUAUUCGGAGUGGUAAAAAAUGUCACCGGGCUAAUCGAAAGGUACCGGGGUACGGAUCUGAUUGAUCCGAUCGUCAGGGAAGCGGGCCGAGACGUGACCUUUUGGUUUGUAGACGACUACCGCAGUCACUCUGAGGUUACCGUAAUCACCAAUGACUUGUAAUAAUUUAAUAUCACGUCCGUUGGAUGGAAAAAAAAAUUAACAUUUUUAUUGUUACAUCUCCGACACCAUAAUCUUCUUCUUCUCUCCUUUACGGUUGUCUCAUUUUCUUUAAGGAUAUUGUGUCCUAUCAUAAAUUCUUCGGCUUCUGUUAAAGCUAUAGUCGCCGCACAGGUAUAAGCUGCUUCUAAAAUAGUCGUUGUUUAUAAAUAUUGUUAACACAUUCUCGGCCAUUUUCUCGAGGUAAUUACGUUUACAAAUUGUCCACCUUACUCUGUUAUGUUUGGUCUAAUAAUGUACAACGCAGUCACAUUUUUUCCUUUUUGUACAGACAACGGUUUAGGAUGUAUACUAUUGUUUUGCCGUUCCCCCCAGGAUUUCUUCCGACGGAUGUCUUUACUUAUAAACCGUAAGUAAUAAUAUUAUCUUAUAUACAAUAUUAUAAUAAUAUAUAGGAGAAACACCCAAAUAUCAAGACGCUUUUACACCCGGAAACCUGUGUCCGGAUGUCCGCGUUACCGUUUCGGUUACCGGACGAACCGUAUUUUAAACCGGACAUCGAUUGGAUACCCCAAAAUGUCAAUAACAAAUUACCGUGGUGGCAAGACGAAAAUUACAACGUGGGCUUAGAAACGGUCAGGCCGAUCGAGGUGCGCGUUACAAAUCCGCUUAUUAAACGUACCGCGACGGUAAAGGUAUAUAAUUUAGAUAUAGAUUCCUUAUUAUACGAAGAGUCAGUGAAAAGAACAAGUAAACUAUUCAUUUUUUCGGUUUCUUUUUUUAUUUAUUUUAUAGAUGAACUUUAUUGAUUUUGGUGAGUAUUAUUGAAUGGUAUAGUAAUGUAUCGAAUAAGUUGACCAUAUUCGUACACAGCAAAGGAAUAAUAAUAGUAAACUUUAAAAUGUAAUUUUCUCGAAAUGAUUUAUGAAUAUAUUCCUGGGUUCUUUCUCUGGGCCAUUCGUAUAUAAAUACAGUGACGCAACCAGGGGAAGAGAGAAAGUAAACUUGCUUAAUUUGUAUUACAAUUUCAGACAUUAGUCAUUAAAACACAAUUUUGAAUACAUUAUGUUUGUCAUAUACUUGGUCUACUAAGUAAUUUAUAAACACAAAAAAUCUGUUUAAAAAUUAAUUUCGAAUUCAUAACCUCCCUCUUCCCAAAAAUGAAUAUUAUAUAGUUACACCGCUACAUAAUAUUAUAUAUAACUUAAGUGUAAAAAAUGACGAGUCGAUAAGUACGAUACGCAUUUAGGUUUGCGUGGAGGAUACAGUUCACCGGAUAAUGGAACGAUAUUCGGCUUAUAAUCCGGAAUUCGACAGCUACGUGGUCAAGUAUUUGGGUAGAACGUUGGAUAUGAACUUAGAUUUAGUUCGAAACGGCGUCACUAUGAAAUUCAACGAUUUCGUCGAAGAUUUCAUACCAACGUUAUUGUUACACUAUCGAAAAAAAAUUUCCCCAGACAAGAAUCUGCAAUAA